GGUGUGAAGGAAAAGAAGAAGGUGAAAUUGUUGUUGGUGGAAAUGGUUUCGGAAGUCAACCGAAUCAAUUAUAUUCUCCCGCAGAUUUAUCAUUUGAUGAUGAAGGCAAUCUUUAUGUUGCUGAUCAAUUUAAUAAUCGAAUUCAAAAAUUUGAAAUAAUUUUGUGA